CUGCCCCCCGGCUGCAAGCACGAUGGGCGACCCCGAGGGACCGGCAGGGCGGCGGGCACCGCCGAGGGCAAGGUGGUGUGCAGCAGCCUGGAGCUCGCGCAGGUCCUGCCCCCGGAUACGCUGCCCAACCGCACGGUCACCCUGAUUCUGAGUAACAAUAAGAUAUCCGAGCUGAAGAAUGGCUCAUUUUCUGGAUUAAGUCUCCUUGAAAGAUUGUACCUUCAUCAACCAAGAGAACUAAUUGAAGACACAUUUUUUCCCUCCCUUCUUCUUAGGGAUCUGACGAACAAUCGAAUAGGAUGUCUGAAUGCAGACAUAUUUCGAGGACUUACCAAUCUGGUUAGGCUAAACCUUUCAGGGAAUUUGUUUUCUUCAUUAUCUCAAGGAACUUUUGAUUAUCUUGGCUCAUUACGGUCUUUUCUAGAUCCUCCCCUGGAACUGCCAUCUUUCUACAUGAGCCCGUCUCACCGGCAGGUCGUCUUUGAAGGAGACAGCCUUCCCUUCCAGUGCAUGGCCUCCUACAUCGACCAGGACAUGCAAGUGCUGUGGUACCAGGAUGGGCGAAUAGUUGAAACUGAUGAGUCCCAAGGGAUCUUUGUGGAAAAGAACAUGAUUCACAACUGCUCCUUAAUUGCAAGUGCCUUAACCAUUUCUAAUAUUCAGGCUGGAUCUACUGGAAAUUGGGGCUGUCACGUCCAGACCAAACGUGGGAACAAUACAAGGACUGUGGACAUUGUGGUGUUAGAGAGCUCUGCGCAGUACUGUCCCCCGGAGAGGGUGGUGAACAACAGAGGGGACUUCAGAUGGCCCAGGACGUUGGCGGGCAUCACCGCAUACCUGCAGUGCACUCGGAACACCCACGGCAGUGGGAUCUAUCCCGGAAGCCCGCAGGAUGAGAGGAAGGCUUGGCGCAGAUGUGACAGAGGUGGCUUUUGGGCAGAUGAUGAUUAUUCUCGCUGUCAAUAUGCAAAUGAUGUCACGAGAGUUCUUUAUAUGUUUAAUCAGAUGCCCCUCAAUCUCACAAACGCUGUGGCAACAGCCCGUCAGCUCCUGGCUUACACCGUGGAAGCUGCCAACUUUUCUGACAAAAUGGAUGUUAUAUUUGUAGCCGAAAUGAUAGAAAAAUUUGGAAGAUUUACAAAGGAGGAAAAAUCAAAAGAGCUAGGCGAUGUGAUGGUCGACAUUGCCAGUAACAUCAUGUUGGCUGAUGAGCGCGUCCUGUGGCUGGCGCAGAGGGAAGCCAAAGCCUGCAGCAGGAUUGUCCAGUGUCUGCAGCAUGUGGCCACGUACCGGCUGGCCAAUGGCGCUCAUGUUUAUUCAACAUAUUCACCCAAUAUUGCUCUGGAAGCUUAUGUCAUCAAGGCUUCUGGCUUCACUGGGAUGACCUGUACCGUGUUCCAGAAAGUGGCAGCCUCUGAUCGUACAGGACUUUCGGAUUUUGGGAGGCGGGAUCCCGACGGAAACUUGGACAAGCAGCUGAGCUUUAAGUGCAACGUCUCCAGUACAUUUUCAAGCCUGGCACUAAAAAAUACUGUUGUGGAAGCUUCUAUUCAGCUUCCUCCUUCCCUUUUCUCACCAAAGCAAAAACGAGAAGUCAGAAUGACGGAUGAUUCUGCCUAUAAGCUGCAGCUCAUUGCGUUCCGCAACGGAAAGCUUUUUCCAGCCACUGGAAAUUCAACCAACCUGGCUGAUGACGGAAAACGACGCACAGUGGUUACCCCCGUGAUUCUCACCAAAAUAGAUGGUGUGAAUGUCGAUACCCAGCACGUCCCAAUUAAUGUGACGCUGCGUCGAAUCGCGCACGGAGCAGAUGCUGUUGCAGCCCAGUGGGAUUUUGGUUUGCUGAAUGGACAGGGAGGCUGGAAGUCAGAUGGCUGCCGCAUCCUGCACUCGGAUGAGAACGUCACCACCAUCCAGUGCUCCGCCCUCAGUAACUACGCCGUUUUAAUGGAUUUGACAGGAUCUGAACUCUACACCCAGGCGGCCAGUCUCUUGCACCCUGUGGUUUACACCACUGCCAUCAUCCUCCUCUUAUGUCUACUAGCCGUUGUCGUCAGUUACAUAUACCAUCACAGUUUGAUCAGAAUCAGUCUCAAGAGCUGGCACAUGCUGGUGAACUUGUGCCUUCAUGUUUUCCUGACUUGUGUGGUUUUCGUGGGAGGAAUAACCCAGACCAGAAAUGCCAGCGUCUGCCAAGCAGUUGGGAUAAUCCUUCAUUAUUCCACCCUUGCCACAGUGCUGUGGGUGGGAGUGACAGCUCGCAACAUCUAUAAACAAGUCACUAAGAAAACCAAGAGGUGUCAGGACCCCGAGGAACCACCACCUCCACCAAGACCGAUGCUCAGGUUUUACCUGAUCGGGGGUGGCAUUCCCAUCAUCGUUUGUGGAAUAACUGCAGCAGCCAACAUUAAGAAUUACGGCAGUCGGCCGAAUGCGCCCUACUGCUGGAUGGCGUGGGAACCCUCCUUGGGAGCCUUCUACGGGCCUGCCAGCUUCAUCACUUUUGUGAACUGUAUGUACUUUCUGAGCAUAUUUAUUCAGUUGAAAAGACACCCGGAGCGCAAAUAUGAGCUUAAGGAGCCCACUGAGGAGCAACAGAGAUUGGCGGCCAACGAGCAGGGCGAAAUAAACCACCAGGAUUCCAUGUCUCUGUCUCUGAUUUCCACAUCAGCAUUGGAAAACGAGCACACCUUUCAUUCGCAGCUGCUGGGGGCUGGCCUGACUUUGCUCCUCUACGUCUCUCUGUGGAUGUUUGGAGCCUUGGCGGUUUCCUUGUAUUACCCUUUGGACUUGGUUUUCAGCUUCUUUUUUGGGGCCACGUGUCUGAGCUUCAGUGCGUUCGUCCUGGUUCACCACUGCAUUAACAGGGAGGACGUCCGACUGGCCUGGGUCAGGACCUGCUGCCCAGGACGGAGCUCGUACUCCGUGCAGGUUAACGUCCAGCCCCCCAACUCAAGCGGGACGAACGGAGAGGCUCCCAAGUGCCCAAAUAGCAGUGCAGAGUCUUCCUGCACGAACAAAAGUGCUUCGAGCUUCAAAAAUUCCUCCCAGGGCUGCAAAUUAACAAACUUGCAAGCUGCUGCAGCUCAGGGCCACACCAACUCCUUGCCUUUGAACUCUGCCCCUCAGCUGGACAACAGUUUGACAGAACAUUCAAUGGACAAUGAUAUUAAAAUGCACGUGGCGCCUUUAGAAGUUCAGUUUCGGACAAAUGUGCACUCCAGCCGCCAUCAUAAAAACAGGGGUAAAGGCCACAGAGCCAGCAGACUCACCGUCCUGAGAGAAUACGCCUACGAUGUCCCCACGAGCGUGGAGGGAAGCGUGCAGAACGGCUUACCCAAGAGCCGGCUGGGCAGCGGUGAAGGGCACUCGAGGAGCCGAAGAGCCUAUUUAGCCUACAGAGAAAGGCAGUACAACCCACCCCUGCAGGACAGCAGUGAUGCUGCUGGCAGCACGCUUCCCAAAAGCAGUAGAAACUUUGAAAAGCCCGUUUCAACUAGUAGUAAAAAGGACGCUUUAAGGAAGUCAACUGUGGUUGAAGUUGAAAGUCAGCAGAAGUCUUACGGCCUCAAUUUGGCCGUUCAGAAUGGACCAAUUAAAAGCAACGGCCAGGAUGGACCCUUGCUCGGUACCGAUAGCACUGGCAACGUUAGGACUGGACUAUGGAAACACGAAACUACUGUGUAACGUUGCAGGGCGCCCUGGGCAGAAAUUCGUAGAAACCCUGACCACCACAUUCCUUUAAGCUAUGAACGUUGGAAAACAGACUGUUUACAGCCACCGUAGGGAUUCGAAAGAGUUUGAAAUCAACUUAGAAGUUUUGGAUUUUACUUAUUUUAUAUCCCCAAAUGGUUGCCUUUUUUUUUUUUUUUAGGAAUUAAAGAAAAAAAACCCCUUUUUAAAACAUUGUUUUACUUGUCAGCACCAACAAUCCACUCUAAGAAUCUGCAAUGUAAUUUCUUUGACUCUGGAACAUCCACUUUGUAUUUCAGGCUUCUAUUUAAUAUAAUAAAUAAGUGUUU